AUGAAUAAUAUACAUAUUACUAUCUUCUUAUGCUUCUUUUUCGAACAUUAUUCUCACGUACUAUGUUAUUCAGUCACAUGUAACUUUGAAGAAAGCGAAUGUGGAUGGGAAUUAAACUCAGUAUGGCAAAUUUAUCCAUCAGGUAGUACGACUGAAACAGCCAACUCUGGUCCAACUGCUGAUCAUACAACUGGAAGUGGAAAUUAUGUUCGUUUUAUGGCCGCACUUCUAUCUGACUCAAAUAAAUAUGGUAUUAUGAGUACAAGUGCGUGUGUGGAACAAUCGACUUCAUUCUCAUUUUGGUAUUUCAUGCAUGGAAGUCAAAUUGGAACAUUAGCAUUAAUUGUCAAUGAUCAAGUAUUAUGGGAAAAGAGUGGCCGACAAGGAGUACCAGCAUGGCAUCAAGCUAAUAUUACGUUACCUGCUGGUGUUGAUGUCAAUAUCACAUUUUCUGCUAAUCGUACAGGUAUUGGUCGAUCAUCUGAUAUUGCCAUUGAUGAUAUUGUUUUGCAAGGAGAAUCAAUGUCUUUUUUUACACGCACAACCAGACCACGUCCAUCGACAACACCUCGUAUUCGAUUCAAUGCAAGUUGUGAUUUUGAUGUUGAAAGAGAAAUAUGUAGCUGGAAAAAUGAUACAACAUAUGGUUGGAAAGUUAUUCAUACAAGAGAACCAAAUAUCACUAUUGGUCCACUAAGUGAUUAUAGUAGUAUUAUGAGAGCCAAUGACGAUAAUAAAGUGUGUAACAUUCCAUACGACGAGAAGGGCCCUCAAUAUUAUUGUAUAUUGAAUAGUAGACGUUUACAAUGUAAAGGAAGUGAUAACAAAUGGAUAAAUUGUCGAGAUGGAGGUUUUCUUCAAAUUCGAAGUGGUGAAUUUGAUAAAGUAGGCGAAAGUUCACAAAUUGAGUCUCCAGUACUUGAUGCAUUAUCUGAAGAAGGAUGUGUUCAAUUUCAAUAUAAUAUAGCAGGUAGUGACAAUGAUUGGUUGAAUGUUUAUACUGAAGAUUAUUGGAGUGGUCGUCAAUCAUGUAUGUGGCAUAAAAAUGGAUCAACUGUACCUAAUCGAUGGGUGACAGCUGAAGCACCAUUAAAACCAUGUAAGUCAGUUUGUACAAAUAUAAUGAUUUUUUGUUGCAUAGCAUUUAUUGUAGGUUCUGGUACAUAUCCGAUCGAAGCAUGUUCUGAAGAAAUGAUAAUAAAUACAAGUACAAUGAUCAAUACAGAACAAUUCGAAACAACAGCGACAGAAGCAAUGGCAACUAUUAUAUGUACAGUGGCUACACCGUCAACAAUGCAAAUAGCACCUUCUACAGUUGCAGAGACUCUUGAGUCAAUAAUCGAAUCAAAUACAACAUUCGAAUCAAAUACAACAAUCGAACCAAAUACAACAAUUGAAUUAAAUUUAACAUUCGCAUCAAAUACAACAACUGAAUCAAAUACAAUAACCGAAUUAAAUACAACAAUCAAGUCAAGUACAGCAAUCGAAUUAAAUACAACAUUCGAAUCAAAUACAACAAUCAAAUCAAGUACAACAAUUAAAUCAAAUACAACCAUCGAAUUAAUAAAUACAACAAUCAAAUCAAAUACAACAACCGAAUUAAUAAAUACAACAGCCAAAUCAACUACAACAAUUGCGCUAAAUACAACAAUUGUAUCAAAUACAGCAAUCGAAACAAAUACAACAAACAAGGUAACAACAGCAACUUCUUAUGAUGGUGAACAAAAUAAAACAACGAUCUCUACGAGUGGGACAAAAGAUACGCCCAUUCUAGCAAUUAUUCUUGGUGUAUUAGGUGGUACCAUUCUGGUUUCUGCUGUUGUUGGCGUAUUUAUUUGGCAUUCUUCAAUAUUGUCGCGGCUUGGUAUCAAACGGUCUAAUCGCAUAACAAUGACUUCAACUUAUUGA